CCGAGAAUUUAUGGACGUUCGAACACAUAUGAUAUGUAUGAUAUGGAAGAUAAACCCACGGUAGAAGCUGCAUGUCCGUCCAAGUCGCUGCCUAAGUCACAGCUCCGACGAGGCUGUACAGCGAGGCUGUCCAGGUCUCGACACUGUACCAACAGCAGUUUACCAAUCCCUACCCUUCUUCCUCGUCAAGCUGUAACAAUGCCUUGUUGACAGUUCGUGAACGCCUGCCAAAUAGUCAUGUGGCUGGUGCGCAGGGAGUGUUGAGUGGCCUAUCUCGAAGCAUCGCAUGAAUUUGCCCACGCAAUUGCCCUGCCGCUCUACGGCGUAAGCUCCGCAGCAGUCACGUUGCGUCCCGAACACCCCACGCUCCGAUGAUUUAUCAAUACCGGAAGAGAUCCUCUGCAGUUGAGAGCACUGCGCACAAAUUUUUGCAUCGCAGAGACUGUUAUGAUGCCUGACCCUAUGUCUCAAGUAGCUUGCUCGACACAAUCUACUAGCACACCCGAACGAAGCAAAAACAAUGCCAAACAACUGCGACGCUCACCUCGAACACCUACAGUACAAAACACCCAAGCAGAGACUGUCUUAACAUCAGAUUCGGACGUCGCGGACGAUGAAGAUACAAAAAGCGACCGUCGGGAAAGUCGCGACGCUCUGAGAGUCCAGACGACAAAUCCACGAAGGAGUGCUGCAAGCCCCUCACCCAUUUCAUCGAACAAGACCAAGAAACCUACACCGCCUAUCAGCAGCAUGCGACUUGAAAGGAAUGCUGCCUCCGAUCCGGGGCCAAGUGCCAGCAGCGCUCAACAAGAUCCCCAGAAUAGUAAUGUCUCGCCUCAGUUCCGGGCUCGCCUUCCUUGCGGUCGCAGUCCUUACGUGUCACCCACAGGCAAAUGCCAUCAAAACCAUCUUAAGAUUUGCACCAAAUGCCAAAACUCUUCCUUGGACACAAGAGAAUCAAGGGACGAAUUAAAUGAACAAACACCGAGUAAAAGGCCGGUUUCAGCGCCGAGUGUCAUCAGUAUCGACGACGACGACGAAAGUGAGCCUGAAAGCGACCGAGACAGUGACGAACUCUCGACGCACAAUACCCGACGAUUCCCUCGACUAGUGCGACAAGAGCAAGCAAAGAAACGUGCCAGUCCAUUGGUCUGGGAAUUACACGCCAACCUCCAAAACACCGCACGUAAGCCUCUUUGCAAAACCGAACGAAAAGGGUACAUCUACUUCCUCCGCACCCCAUCCAAGCCAGGGCUCCUGAAAAUCGGCAUCUCAAUCGACACACCACGACGCCGGAAGCAGCACGAGAGAAGCUGCGCACUAGACACCGAGCCCGCUGCACACCCGAUUGCGGUAUCGCACGCGAAGCGAGCAGACCAGUUGCUCAAGCUCGACAUGAGACAUCUACAGAAGAAAUGGGUAUGCUCUUGCAACCAUGAACACGGAGAGUGGUUCCAAAUCGACGUGGAUGAGGCCUGCCGCGUAGCGAAAAGAUGGACAGACUGGAUCAACCAUAAAUCGCCAUACGACCUCCAGGGUGAUCUGAAGAGGUCGUGGGCGGACGCCAUAUUCUACAAAACUCCCAGUGCGGAUAUCGCGGAUCCAAGUCAUGGGAAGCGAUGGGAUCAUUGGGCUGCACUUCUAUCGCAGUUGAUGCCAGCGGCGGACGAUCAUACUGCCCAGACGGAGAGUGUACGGAGAUAUGCUGCAGGACAUAUUCCUUCUACGCAUACUUUGGCGCAUAGAACCCGCGAUUCGAACCAUUCGCAGAAUGCAAUUACUACGUCUGAUCAGAUCGCUGGCAGAGCAGCUUCCGCCAUCGGUGGUCAGCUAUCCCACAGUGGUGUUCACAUUUCUGGUAACACCAACAUCAACUUAUUCCUGCGCAGAGAGUCUUUGUUGACCGAACUUUGA